GCGGCAGGAGCCGGGGGCGCGGAGGCGGCCAGCCUGAGACAGCUCUCUGCCUCUGCUGAAAAGCCGUCCUCUGCACAGCUAGACAGGGAGAGAUGUUGCUGCUUGAAACCGCGUUGCCUGCAGACGCUAAGCUGGGAGGCCGCCCCGCACAGGGAAGCAGCCCCGAUUCCCUGGAGCGCAGCCCCGGAUAAGGGGCUUCCGACCCAGCAUUGCACAUUUGGCUUGAGCUUGUGUCCCCGAGUCGGCUUCUCAGCCCCUUGUGAUGUUAACUGCAUGACACACAGCCCUGCGCCGAAUCUUUCAGAGGCGGCUUCGUGUUAAACUUCACCUAAACUCCUUCCCGGAAUGAUGCCUGUCCCUGUGCUGAGAAGGCAGGCGCUCCUCUGCCGUGUCUCCCUUGCCGCAGCUAGUAAACGUCACUUCGUUGUGGGUGGACAGGUGUGCCCCUGGUGGUCUGUAGCAAAGGAACUUGAAGUUUUAUCAUCGGCCUCCUGAAGCCGGGAGCCUCGGAGUGCAAAACUAUAUAUAUAUUUUUUGAAAGGAUGGCCCGUACUUUGGAACCACUAGCAAAGAAGAUCUUUAAAGGAAUUUUGGUAGCCGAACUUGUAGGCGUUUUUGGAGCAUAUUUUUUGUUUAGCAAGAUGCACACAAGCCAAGAUUUCAGGCAAACAAUGAGCAAGAAAUACCCUUUCAUCUUGGAAGUUUAUUACAAAUCCACUGAGAAGUCUGGAAUGUAUGGAAUCAGAGAGCUGGAUCAAAAAACAUGGUUGAACAGCAAAAAUUAGAUCCAGUCAUCACGUUCAGCCUCCCAUCUAAGCUGUUUGAGACCUUUGGGAGAAGAAAAGAUGAGUGUACUACCACACUGUAGACUCCUGGCGGUCCCACAGAACAUGCUGCUGAGUCACAGGAACUUCUAGCCUGCCUUGGCCUGCCGUUUCCCACCCACUAUACAAACCCACUGCUUGUUUGUUGCUUUUCUUCUCAUAUUUAUUGUCAAAGAUUAAUAUUUCAUAAAGAAAUGACUAAGGAAGGAAAAGAAACAAAUGCUCUAAAGAUCUUCUUUCCCUAAGCACUUUUACUGGUGAAAUAAAAACCAGUAACAAUCAAUAUCAGAAAUAAUUAAAAUGUCUAUAAACAUGUAAAGUUACUUAGCAAACUCAUGCUAUAUAAAAAUGGCUCACUUCCCUAAAAAAAAGUAAGUUUUGUAGUCUGCAAGUUUUUUUUUUUUUUUGCUGUAUAUACUUGUUAAUCUUACAUGUUCUCCUGAGAGAAGAUAAAGCCAUUCCUUCCAGGUUGUAAAGUACCAUGAAAAGGUCUUUCAAAAAUAUUCCUAUCAACCAGGCACGGUGGCUCACGCCAAUAAUCUCAGCACUUUGGGAGGCCGAGGUGGGCGGGUCACUUGAGGUCAGGAGUUCGAGACCAGCCUGGCCAACAUGGUGAAACCCCCUCUCUACUAAAAAUACAAAAAUUAGCUGGGCGUGGUGGUGCAUGCCUGUAAUCCCAGCUACUUGGGAGGCUGAGGCAGGAGAAUUGCUUGAACUUGGGAGAUGGAGGUUGCAGUGAGCCAAGAUUAUGUCACUGCAUUCCAGCCUGGGCGAGGGAGUAAGAUGUUGUCUCAAAAAAAAAAUUAAAUUAAAUUAAAAAAAUUUCCUAUCUUCUGAAGUUCUAAGCCAAAGCUAUUUUUAAAACAUCAAUAAAAAAAUUUAAGUUACUUACUUGCAUUAUCUUUGUUAGCCAUGGCAUUCAUGCCAAUGUUAUCAAACUUGGAUCCCAUAUUUUCAUCCAAUAGAUGGCCAAACUUAAACAAAAAGAUAAAUUUAUUAGAAAACUAAAAGUAAUGUAGAAUAGCUAGACUCUUAGAACAGUACAUUAGCCUUACCUCUUCAGCAGAUACAAAUAGGCUGGAAUCAUUGAAGUUUCUUUUCUUUUUUCUUGGCCCUAAAAAAAUUUGUAAGUCUACAUUAUUCAAUUAUAAAUCUAAUGAUUUUUAAAAAAUGCAAUGCAACAUGAUUUUAUUUUAAAAAUUAUACUUGGGUAAAAACACAAUUGCAAUAAUCUUCUAGCACCAUUAGGUAGCUGGCAUUUAAAUAUAAUUUAAGUUAGUAUAUAAUAUUUUUAAAAAGCUAACAACAUCCUAAUAGAACUGUUCAGAUGACAAGAGUGUCUUCUUGCUUUUCAGAUUUGGCCAGUGAUCGAAGUUUACCCAUAAGGGAAAUAACACAGUAUCAAGCAAUAGUAAAGUUAUCAGUUUGACAUGGAUGGGUUUUGAAAUACUUAAGACAAAACAUAAAAUUUAGUUCAGGGGUCUUAUUCUUUGGAGUGUAAGGAAAUUGAAAGUAUGUUUAUUAUGCUAUGAAUGAAGUUCUGUUUAUAACACUGAAAGAGGUUCUCCUUUAAACAACACCUACCUGUAGUACUGAAAGUAUAAACUUUUCCUGAAAAGUCUCUUUUCCUGAAACAAUUAUUCAAACUCUGCAUCUUUGAUAUCAAUGUCUCUAGCAGUACUAGAGCCGUAUUUUAAAAAGAGCUUUACCAAAUACACAUCAUAACAUUCAGCUGUUAUGUGUAUUAACGCAUUUAAGUGUAUUAAUGCAUUUUAGUAAAUUUACAGACUUGUUCAACCACAACCACAGUCUGAUUUUAGAACAUUUCCAUCAACUUCAAAAGAUCCUUGGUGCCAUUUGUAGUCCUCCAACCCACCUCCAAUCUAUCUUGUUUCUAUGACUUGCCUUUUCUGGCUGUUUCAUAUAAAUGGGAUCAUAUGACAUGUGGUUUCCUGUAUCUGGCUUUUUUCAUUUAGCAUAACGUUUUUGAGGCUCAUCCAUGUUGUAGUACUCCAUGCCAUGUUGUGGGCUACAUAAUAUUCCAUUGUAUGGAUAUACCACAUUUUACUUAUCAGUUAAUGGACAUUUAGGUUGUGUCCACUUUUUGGCAUUAAUAGUGCCGCUAUGAACAACCAUGUACAAGUCUUUGUAUCAGAGCCACUUUUGAUAAAAUAGUUUCUAAAGCAUUUCAUCUUCAUUAUUAUUAGGGUGAUAUGUUACUUGAUAGCUGUAUAAUACACAUCUGCAUGCAUUAGGAAGGUUUUUUUUGGGUUUUAUUCACCCUGUAGCGAUGCAUCUGUGACCUCAAAGAGUAGGCACUUCUGUACUGUGCUGGUUCCUUAGUUUCUUUUAUCCUGCUCCCGCCGCCACUUCAGCCUCAAGUGUGCAACACCAUGCCUAGCUAAUUUUUGAUUUUUGAUUUUUUUUUUUUUUUUGAGACAGAGUCUCACUUUGUUGCCAGGCUGGAGUGCAGGGGCACGAUCUCGGCUUACUGCAACCUCUGCCUCCUGGGUUCAAGCGAUUCUCCUGCCUCAGCCUCCCAAGUAGCUGGGCCUACAAGUGCGUGCCAGCACGCCCAGCUAAUUUUUGUAUUUUUAGUAGAGAUAGGGUUUCAUCAUGUUGGCCAGGAUGGUCUUGAUCUCUUGACCUUGUGAUCUACCCACCUUGCCCCCCAAAGUGCUGGGAUUACAGGCGUGAGCCACUACGCCUGGCCAUUUUUGAUUUUUUGUAGAGAUAGCGUCUCCUUGUGUUGCCCAGGCUGAUUAAAGCUUCUAUAAGGUAUGUUUAUUCUUAAGGAUAUCUACUCUAACACUUGCAAAUGUAGGGUGAUCAAUCAGUAAAUUAAUACAUCUGAAUCAAUUAAUAAAUCUGUUUAAAAUUC